GUGCGUCUGCGUCGCGUGCGUCUACGUAAAGCCGCGGUCCGGUGUCCCUGGCGGAGAAGAUGGCGGCUCCGGGACCGGGGGAGUACUUCAGCGUCGGGAGCCGUGUCUCGUGCCUCACCUGUUUAGGCCAGCGUCUGCAGGGAGAGGUGCUGGCCUUCGAUUAUCCGUCCAAGAUGUUGACUUUGAAAUGCCCUUCCUCCAGCGCUAAGCCCCACCUCAGUGAUGUCAUCCUGGUUAACCUAGCCUAUGUUUCAGACGUGGAUGUUAUUAAUGACCGCUCCGAGACUCCGCCUCCUCUAGCAUCCUUGAAUAUUAGCAAGCUGGCCAGUCGUGCCAGGACAGAGAAGGAAGACAAGCUGUCCCAGGCCUAUGCCAUCAGUGCUGGGGUGUCAGCCGAGGGACAGCAGUUGUUCCAGACCAUACACAAAACCAUCAAAGACUGUAAGUGGCAGGAGAAGAACAUCAUUGUGAUGGAUGAUGUGGUGAUCUCUCCACCGUAUCAGGUGGAGAACUGCCGAGGAAAAGAGGGGAGCGCUCUCAGUCAUAUACGCAAAAUUGUGGAGAAACAUCUGAAAGAUGUGGAGAGCCAGAAGUGUGUCCCGCGCACGCCAGGCCAGCACACACAGAAGGACUCGUCUCUAUCCUCGUGAGGGGGUGUGUGUCUGCUCUGGGGAGGGCACCGAGGGCCCGAGAGCUGCUGGGGGCCAGCGCUCUCCUCCACCUGUGCGGCGCUCCGAGGGUGGAGGCACCAGGGCCUGGCGCAGGGAACACCAACUCAAACACAUUCAGACAAAAAAGCAAAAAAAAAAGGAAAAAUGUUUUAAGAGAAAACACCAGAGUGAAGAGUUCAUUCUAAAUUAGACUUUAUGAAGAUAAUUUAAACCCCCUCCCUCCAUAGUUUCUUUGACUAACGUACAGUGUCUUAUCCUGCGUUUCUUCUCUUCUCUUACAUCCCUCCUUCGCCUUCUAUUCCAUUUUUGUCAAAAAAAGAAAAACAAAUCAGUCAGAAGAGCUUGUUAGCUUUUACUUUUUAUGCUUUUUUUUCUCCUUCUUUUGGCUGUUUAUGUUCUACAAUUGUCUGUCUGUUCUGUAUUUUAAAAGAAAUGUGACGUAUGAUGCCACGCGUUACAAAGGACAUUUUCUAAAAUAAAAGUAACAAAUUCUGAC